AUGGAUAUCAUAGAAAUGGUGGAGGUUGUGGGCAUCGCCCUGGGAGUCAUAGGAUUAAUACUGACCAUCGUGGUCUUUUCUCUCCCUACCUGGAUAGUGACAACCAUCAUACAGGCUAAUGUUGCCAACACAGAGGUGGUCUUGUACGGCCUGUGGAUGAGCUGUGUGACCCAAAGCACGAGAAAGACACACUGUGAGGUGUUCAACUCCAUGAGGUAUUUGCACCACUUUCUGCAGCCUGCCAGAACCAUGAUCCUAAGUGCCAUCAUCCUGGGGGUUCUGAGGGUCAUAUUCUUCAUGGUCGGUGCCAAGUGCACCAACUGCAUCAAAGACAAAACAUCUCAGGCCAAGUUGAUAAUUAUUGCUGGAAUACUUUUCAUUGGUGCCGGAAUUCUUAUCCUCAUCACUGUUUCCUUGGUAGCAAUAUUUAUCAUCAUCGACUUCCCCAUGUGGAUCGAAGGAAAACCUGAGCUGGGGGCCUCUCUGUACUUUGGCUGGGUGGCGGCUUCCCUGCUCCUGAUUGGAGGGGUCAUACUGGGCAUCACUGUGGGAGUGUUUGGAUGGAUGAUGGGAAUCUUUGGAUGGAUAGUCUCCCUAGUGCCCUGUGCUCUCUCUAUAUUGCUCCCAUUCAGUUUUUCUCCUGAGCCCCCCUAUAGGGACAUAUGGAUGGUUCUGAUGACAAUCACUUCCAUCUUCACCAUCCUGGGAGCUCUAGGAGUGAUGGGCUCCAUCUUUGGGACCAGGUGGUGUAAUUGCAUCAAGAGUAACAGGGUCAAGGCCAGGUUCAUCGUUGGAACAUUCUUCAUCCUGGCUAGUAUUCUGCAGCUCACCACUGUGUUUUUGGUUGACCAUUACUUAAGAACGGAUGUCCACCUGCAGCUCAACCCUUUCGUCCUGUUUACCCAGCAUGACCUGGUUAUUUUAGCUGAAUUCAAUAGGUGGUCCUCCUCCAUGCUGUAA